AUGCUGGGAGGCAAGUACAAGCUGAUCGCAAAGAUGGGCUGGGGCCAGACGUCGACUGUCUGGCUAGCUGAGGACACGGACUUGCAGGCUCCAGAACGCCCAAAGUUUCGCGCCGUCAAGAUAUACAACAACGACCACGCUUCGCAGACCGCCACGAAGGAAAUCAAGGUACUCAACCACAUGUACAAAGGGAAGCAUGGCAACAAGCACCCUGGAGCACAACAUGUCGUGGCCGGUCUCGCCGUUUUCGCGAUCGAGCAGCUCAACAGGUCCAGGCAUUUGUGCCUGGUCAUGGAGCCGAUGCGGGAGCCACUCGUGACUUUCCGAAGACGCCUUGGCGAGGCCAACAGUACGAGUCUCCACGCGACAAAUGUGAAACUGAUGAAGGGCAUCUUGAGGCAGGUUCUUGCGGGUCUCGAUUAUCUGCACAGCGAGUGCAGGAUCGUACACACUGACAUCAAGGCCGACAACAUCCUCCUGACCUGUGAGGAUGUCGGCGUGUUCGAGCGGUUUUUCGAGACGGUGCAAGGUCAACCUCUGCCGCGCAAGGUAUAUUCUGAUCACACCGUGUACAGGUCGUUUCGUUCCAUGGGCAACCCGAGCGAGCCGCUGGUGGGCAAUAUGGUGGCCAAGAUAUCCGACUUUGGCCUCUCGUACAUCCUUCAGCCGGGGACCACCAUGACGAUGCCAAUUCAGCCGACAGUGUACCGCGCACCGGAGGUGAUUUUGGGCGCUGGCUGGUCAUGCAGCGCCGACAUAUGGAACCUGGCCGUCGUGAUCUGGGACAUCUUUGCAGACACCGACCUGUUCAACGUUAUCGUACCCAAGCCAAAUGGUGCUCCAGGGGGCUGCUAUUCCGCAGCAACGCAUCUCGUCCAAAUGACGGAGAUUCUCGGCCCGGCGCCCGACUCGCUCAUCUCGCGGUCCGAAGCCCUCGCAUCGCAGCAGUUCUCCGAGGCGCUGGCACAUCCAGUCACGGGCAAGCGGUGCCUGACGGUGCGGGACUACUUCGACGGGCCCUUCUACUAUUCGUUCUCGGGGUCCGGCCGCUGGAAACACACCUUCAUCGUGACCAAGUGGCGCGCGAUCCUCGACGAAGUGCCGGAAUGUCUCGAGGGCGAGGAGUCCGACUUUCUGGUCUUCAUUGCUAGGAUGAUGCGCUGGGAACCCGAGGACAGAGCGACGGCGAGGAUGUUGCUGCAGGACCCUUGGCUGGAUCCGGCGCAGUUGGGGAACGCGGAGUGGAAAUUGUUUCCGAUUUUCUAG